CAAAUUUAGUACUCCCAAAUACUCCAUUUCCUCUCCAACAAUAUUCUCCUCCUCUUCCUUCCCAAACAUACUUUAAGAGCGGGAUGCGAACACUUGUCCAGUUGUCCCUGACCCCAGGGGUCUAAAGACCUGCUGGAGUCUAGCCAAUAUGAAUGGACUAGAAGUUAUGAGAGCGGGUCGGCCUUAAUAAGUAGAUGAAUGACAGAUCGAUUCACACACACCGCAAAAGAUCUACACGAUUCAAUCAAUUGUAUAUGAUGGAGAAGGGAAUCGGUCCUCAUCACUGCCCGCCGGCGUCAGAGCGACCUCCAACUCCGGCGGAAUUCAAGGGAAGUUGCGGCGGCAGCAGCAGGUUACACACAACACUGGCGGUGGCGCUGUGGCUGGGCACCAUCCACCUCAACAUCUUCAUCCUAUUCGCUUCCUUCUCCUUCCUCCCAUUCUCCCAUGCCAUCGCAGUUGCGGGGGGACUUUUGCUGUUUUUUGCGCUAGUCCCGAUUGACGAGAAUAACAAACACGGCCGGAGAUUAGCAAGGUACAUAUAUAAGCACGCGUGUAGCUACUUUCCGGUGCAUCUGUACGUGGAGGACUCUGGGGCAUUCGAUCCCAAUCAGGCAUACAUUUUUGGGUAUGAACCGCACUCUGCUUGGCCAAUUGGAGUGAUUUCACUUGCAGACCUUACAGGCUUCAUGCCACUACCAAGAGUGAAAUUCCUCGCUAGCAGUGCUGUCUUUUUGACACCAUUCAUGAGGCAUUUAUGGACCUGGUUGGGAACAUCACCUGCAACAAGGGAUAAUUUUAAGUCCCUCCUGUCAUCCGGCUAUAGCUGCAUCAUAGUGCCGGGUGGAACUCAAGAAGUAUUCUAUAUGGAUCCUGGCUCUGAGGUUGCUUUCCUUAAUUCAAGAAAAGGAUUUGUAAGGAUUGCUAUAGAGACGGGCAAGCCUUUAGUUCCUGUAUUUUGCUUUGGCCAGUCCGAGGUAUACCGGUGGUGGAAACCCAGCAGCAAAUUGUUUUUGAAAAUUUCUAGAGCUAUAAAGUUCACACCACUUAUUUUCUGGGGAAUCCUCGGAUCCCCUAUACCUUUCCGACAACCCUUGCAUGUUAUUGUUGGCAGACCCAUUCAAGUCAAGAGGAAUCCACUCCCUCCAUGUAAAGAGGUUGAGGAUGUACAUCAUCGUUUUGUUGCAGCACUGCAACAUCUUUUUGAGAAACACAAAAGGAAAGUUGGCCAUGGUGAUCGAGUGCUAAAAAUUCUUUAAGCUCCAGUUAUUAUCUAUUUACCUGUUUGCAACAUCCACAAAUGGGCAAGGUGUUAUGGGAGUACGCGUUUGUGUAGUAUAUUUUUGCAAUUAUACUUUUCAGGAAUGGUUUCUUGAAAAAUUAUAUGAGGUGUUAGUUCAUCAAAAGAAAUUAAGAAGGGAAAACUAUCAAAUAAGCCCUCUAAUUUACAAAAAAAAUGCAAAUCACCCCUUACAUAAGAGGCUCUGUCCAACCGUCGUCAUUUGGGACGGUUCCAGGUGGAAGUUUCUGAUGAAAUUUGUUCAGCAUCUAAUUCAUUAAUUAAGUCUAGUUUACUCAUACCAAAUUUCAGCUAAAAAUUCAAUCGAGAAGAAGGACAAAUGAAUUUUUGAAAAUAAAUGUGCAGUUCAAUAUUGUAGUAUAUUUUAGAAAAUCAUUUGACUGCCUUCCCCGUUAAAUUUUUAGCUGAAAUUUGGUAUGGCUAAACUAGACUUAAUAAAGAAGAUGCUCAAAAAAAUUCAUCAAAAAAUUUCACCGAAAAACCUCCCCAAAUGACGACGGCCGGACAUAGCCUCCUAUAUAAGGGGUGAUUUGCACUUUUUUUGUAAGUUCAAGGGCUUAUUUCAUAGUUUUCUCAAUUAAGAAUUAUAAUAAAAGUAUAAAUUAGACUGUUUUGUGACAAAGCAUUUGACUAUGUAAUUUUUUGAUAAACUAUUUUUUUUUGAACGGAAGUGAUAAAAUAUUUUGUGCAAUUACUUAUUUAUUUGACUUUUCCAUUCUUAAAGUCGUCAAAAUGGUAAAAGUUUGAUUUGUACCUUGAGCAAAAAGCCUCUUUAAUUUAAUUUAGAUUAUAUUUGGC